GCCCCCGCCCCGGGGCCCCUGCUCACCGAGGUAGCGGCUCCGCAGCCGGGACGGGUCCUCCAGCCCGAGGGACCUUCUCCUCACGUCCCACAACAGCCAGGGACGAGCACGCGGCCACGCUACCACCCGGCUGCCCACGAUCACUCGUCCGCAGAAAUGUCAGCCGCCGGCGUCCGGGGCCUGCGGGCCACCUACCACCGGGUCCUUGAUAGAGUGGAGCUCCUGCUGCCUGAAAAACUGAGGCCGUUGUACAACCACCCGGCAGGUCCCAGAACAGUAUUUUUCUGGGCUCCAAUUAUGAAAUGGGGGCUGGUGUGUGCUGGAUUGGCUGACAUGGCCAGACCUGCAGAAAAACUCAGCACGGCUCAAUCUGCUGUUUUGAUGGCUACAGGCUUUAUUUGGUCGAGAUACUCACUUGUAAUUAUUCCAAAAAACUGGAGUCUAUUUGCUGUUAAUUUCUUUGUUGGGACAGCAGGAGCCUCUCAGCUCUUUCGUAUUUGGAGAUAUAACCAAGAACUAAAAGCUAAAGCAAAUAAAUAAGAGUUCCUGAUCACCCUGGCAAUCUAGAUAUGGACAUAACCACCGGGACCUAGUUUGAUUUAUUAUUCAGUUGUUGAUGAGGUGAUACUAACUGUGCUAAUGUUUGUAAGGCAUAAAAUGUAAUUGGGAGAUAGUAUUGAUACUUGAUUCAACAGAAAAAUAAAGCAAACUUUUAAUAAUAUUGUCUCUUUACAUAUGACUUAAGGAACUUAUCUGUGGAUAUUAGUAGCAUUUUUUCUACUAUUUGUCCAUAAUAAAUCAUAUUGCUCAUACA